AUGAGAAGGAUCCGCGCUAAUGCCAUCGCUAUCCUGACGGUCGCCUGGAUCUUAGGCACUUUCUAUUACUUAUGGCAGGACAACAAAUCCCACUCAGCAUCCUCCAGCCGAUCGCCGAGCAGCAGCGGAGGUGGCAGGAACGGACAGAGACCAGCUGGUAGGCUGGAACUCCACAGAGAAGACCGGACUAUUCCCCUCAUUGUCACCAAAAUCCCUACAAGAGGCUUUGAUGAGAAAGCAUACCUGGCCUCCAAGCUGUUAAAGGCCGGAGAGGACCCCUACAGGCAACAUGCCUUCAACCAGCUGGAGAGCGACAAGCUAAGCAGUGACCGCCCCAUCCGGGACACCCGCCAUUACAGAUGCACAUCUGUGCACUAUGCCUCAGACCUGCCCACUACCAGCAUUGUUAUUACCUUCCACAACGAAGCCAGGUCCACACUUCUACGAACUGUAAAAAGUGUUCUGAAUCGCACCCCUGCCAACCUGAUCCAGGAGAUCAUUUUAGUGGAUGACUUUAGUUCCGAUCCUGAAGACUGCCUGCUCCUGACCAGGAUCCCUAAAGUCAAAUGUCUCCGAAAUGAUCGGCGUGAAGGAUUGAUCCGUUCCCGUGUUCGGGGGGCAGAAGUGGCAACAGCAGACAUCCUUACCUUUUUGGAUAGCCACUGUGAGGUGAACAGUGAAUGGCUUCAGCCUAUGCUCCAGAGAGUAAAGGAGGACUACACUCAAGUGGUCAGCCCCAUCAUUGAUGUCAUCAGCCUGGAUAACUUUGCAUAUCUGGCAGCAUCUGCUGACCUUCGGGGAGGAUUUGACUGGAGUCUUCAUUUCAAAUGGGAACAAAUACCCAUAGAGCAGAAGAUGUCCCGGACAGACCCCACCCAGCCAAUUCGAACACCCGUCAUAGCCGGAGGGAUCUUUGUGAUUGACAAGGCCUGGUUUAACCACUUGGGAAAAUACGACACUCAGAUGGACAUCUGGGGUGGAGAGAACUUUGAACUCUCCUUCCGAGUGUGGAUGUGUGGUGGCAGCUUAGAGAUUGUCCCCUGCAGCCGAGUGGGCCAUGUCUUUAGGAAACGACACCCAUACGACUUCCCGGAGGGCAAUGCCCUCACGUAUAUAAAAAAUACCAAGCGCACUGCAGAAGUUUGGAUGGAUGAGUACAAACAAUAUUACUAUGAAGCCCGGCCAUCUGCCAUUGGAAAAUCCUUCGGCAGUAUAGCUGACCGAGAGGAACAGAGGAAGAAAAUGAACUGCAAGUCCUUCCACUGGUACCUGGAGAAUGUCUAUCCAGAACUCAAAAUCCCAGAGAAGGAGAUGAUUCCUGGAAUCAUUAAACAAGGAACAAUCUGCUUGGAGUCUCAGGGUCAGGACACAGCAGGCAACAACCUGGUUGUCAUGGGGAGCUGCAAAGGGACUUCCAACAAUCCUCCCAUGACCCAGGAGUGGGUAUUCAGUGAUCCUCUUGUCCGGCAACAGGACAAGUGUCUCUCCAUCACAUCUUUCUCUACAGGAUCUCAAGUCACUCUGGAGGCCUGCAACCAGAAAGAUAGCAGACAGAAAUGGAAGAUGAAAGGGACUUUUAUCCAGCACUUUGUCAGUGGCCUUUGUUUGGAGAACCAAUCCCCACAGGUGGUGACCGGACUGUGCCAGGCAGAUUCACCUGCUCAACAGUGGGAGCUAAUGCAAGCCACAUGA